UGCUGGCAGCUAGUGGUCCCUGAUGUGUGCAUGUUGUGUGAGCUAGACCCAUGAUGGCUGCUGGCUGUCUUGUGACUCAGGACUCCUUACUGUGACCGUGUUGCGGUACCAUUGUGUGUCUUUCUCAGUGUGUCAGUAUUGCACUAGUAAGAGCUUACUAGUAGUUUGCAUUUCGUUGUCCAAGUUGUGUGUUGUUCAGUAUUACACUCAGUUUGUAUUGUAACAGUCAGAGUAAGCUUGUUUAUCUUUUCUCAGAUAUUGGAUAUAUUGCAAUAGCAGCAUUGUCCCUACAGGGAUAGAUAGCUCUGGGAUGGUGUGCUGAUGUAGUUGUUGUUGUUUUGUGUAGUUCUGGUACUAAUAGUUUGCUGUGGUGCACCGAAAGGUUAGUGACUCUUACUUGCAUACAUAUAUACAUUAUAUACAGCUCUGGUAUAGGACUGUACAGCUUUUAGAGGGUGUUAUUUUUGUCUAACUGUGUGUACAGCUGUGUGCUUCCUGCCUGUAGUGUAUUUUAAUGAUGGCCCCCAGUGACUACAUUGUGUUGUGUUUUUUAUUACGUUGUGUGUGGUUAGUAUCAAGCUGGUCUUCAAGCAAUGUUGAUGGAGUAGGUGGUUCUGACUUGUUGCCCAAGUCACUCUGGGCAGAAGAGCUGUCACUCUCCCUUCUCCCAUCCUACUACUCCUCUCCAGAUCUCUCUAAAGACCCAGAUGUCUGUAUUCAACUUCUACAUGAAUAUGCCAACAGCAGUGCUGCCCUCAGUGGGUGCUUGGUGAAGUAUGCAAGGCCAGUGCGAAUAUGCCAAGGGUGCCAUAAAGAAUAUGUGUAUCUGAAGGCGGUCAUGGCUAAGAUUACAUCACAAAAGUACCCACUGAAUAGUACGUACAGUUGUGCACUGAGUCUCCUGCAGUCAGACCGGGUCCACAUGCUUGUGAGCCUCAAUGAUUUCUUUGAUGACACAUGGGAUGAUUGCAAGUGUGAAAGUUGCUUGCAGAACAAUAACACAGAGGUACGAGACACUACCAUAGAAUUUAUGGGGCUGUAUAAAGAACUGAACACAUGCUUUAUUCAGUAUAUGCAGAACAUGGAGGAGCCUCCAUUUCAAAUAUCAGAGGGCAAUUACUCAAAAGUGUGCCAGAACUGUAAUGGGAGUUACAAAAGUCUCAACACUCAGUAUAGUAACCUGGAACAUUCAAAAUCUCUGUGCAUUGACUUGGAAGAUGCUAUGAACGGUACUCGAAUACUUUGGAGCAAAACAUUCAACUGCACUGUACCCUGUACGGACACGGUUCCAGUGAUUGCUGUGUCUGCGUUCAUUCUGUUUCUACCAUUCAUCUUCUAUCUCAGCACUUUCCUGCACUCUGAGCAAAAGAAGCUAAGACUUGUCUUACCCAAGAGAUUUGCAUCAAGUGCGAGCUUAGCACACAUACAGGAUCUCAAUAACUGAGCAGCAAUACUGAGCAAGCCAGCAUUUACACUGGACACCCAACUGUAUUUGGUCUCAAGCAGAAGGAUUUUCAGAGAGGCCAGCCUAAUAUAAUCUAAAGUUUCCCUUCUAAAAUGAUGAGGAAAUGAAGCCUGGGAGCAGAUAACUUGUUAAAUGGACUGAGUAAUUGUAUGUGGAUUUACACGCACAUUUUUUGUAUUGUAUGGUCUCUACUUUAUACUGAAAUCCCAGGGCUAGAUUUAUGUACAGGUGAAGCCUUGGAGUUAAACAAUGCACGUGUUGUUCCAAGGAACCUCAUCUUGAUGUUUCUAAAUGUUAUAUGAAAAGAUCAUGGAAGAUAACACUUUCCACGUUUUAAUUUUUUGUUUGUUUUUAAACUGUGACUGGUGGCGAGUUGACAGCUCACUUCCACGUCUAAAGAAUUACUUCCAACUCUGUUUUUUUUUUUUUCCUUUUGACAAUCUUCUCAGUUCACUCUUUAGUAAAUGAACAUUUGCGUUAAUCUCAGACAGUU